AUGGCAUACGUGAAGUGCAGAUUCUGCCUUCUCCUGUGGUUUCUCCACAUCCUGGUGACGGAACAGAGACGUGCAGAAGAUGCCUUUAGCCGUUUCAAGGCCGAAGGGUGUGACCUCCUUCAUCCUAUGGAGGGCCUGAAGUGGACAGAUUCCCAGAAGUUGGGGAACGACACCGUUUACGUAGGCAACUUGACGGUGCCCUUGAGCCCUCAUGCAGAAGACAAAGAUGACACGCCCUUCUUGAAUCUUCUGGUGAUGCUCCGGCCUGAGCCGCCUGAGCCUGUUUUCCAGCAUUGUGGGGGACCCGGGAGCGAUGCGACCUGUGUUCUCCUGGGCGAGAACAUCCCGGGCUACGCGAGCAUUUCGAUUUCACAACGUGGCAUCGGAGUCACCGCCACUCCCAACUUCGAGUGCGAUCCGCUUCAGAUGAAGCUGCCAGCCAGCGGCAAGUCGCGGUACGAGAUCUCGGACUUCACCGAUUGCCAGUGUGCCUUGCCAGAUGGCACUCCUUUGGUUGGCCAAUCCUUUGCGAACUUGGACCCCAAAAACGAUUCGCAGGUUGAGGUCCUUUUCGAAGGCAUGGCCCUUCGCUCCCGCCGAUGUGCGGCAGAUAGCCGGUGGAUCCUGACCGGACCGAGAGGGAAAAAGUACAACUUCCUCGAGUGGUCGGGAACGCGCAUGCUGGCCCAUGACAUCGACUUCCUCCGAAGCCGCAUCUGCGCGCCAAAGCUGAACCUCUAUGCUAUAUCCUACGGAACAGCCGUGGCAGCUGUGUACGCAGACAUGUUCCCUGAGCGAGUUGGCAAGAUGGUAAUCAACGGCAACAUGCCACCUGUGCCCUACACCCUGGACUUCGCGAAAGGGCAGGGCAUGGCGUUAACGCAGGCUUUCGGGCAUUUGGAGCGGCUGUGUGUGAAGUGGACCUCGACCCACCCUUGCGACUAUUUCAGCGACGAGACGUCACUCACAAAGUCAUGGAAUGCUUUGAUGGCCGAGAUGAGGGCCGAGCGACUCACGGCUCCGACUGACCGUCCAAGUCCGCUUGGUGGCAACGAGAGCUUCCCUUUGACCAUCGGCCUGCUCCAGGGUUACCUCCAGGAGCAAAUGAACCAGGCAGGUUGGGUGCCUACGGGCUGGGCGGAGCCUGUUCUCACGCUCGCGAACCUUGCGGGCCUGCGUGGAGAAGAAGCUCGGGUGGAUCAGGUCAGUAAGAUUUUAGACCGGUACUGCAGCCUGCCCGCCGGAUACCCCUUCAAGUGGAGUGGCUUAAAGACCUGGAAAGUCUACGGCGCCUGCAUCGGCCAACAGUCUGUUGGCCUCUCCAGCUACUCCGCUGAGACGAAGUCGAAGAGUGUGGAUGGCUACGUGAACGAGGGGGCAGUCCUCGGUCAAGACCUCUUCGGUCGCUUCACGGUUGCCCAGGCCAUGGGUGCGUAUCGCGCCUUCCGGGCUGAAUGGGAGGAGAUGGCCACCAGUUCCUUCGUGGGGAUCUUCAGUGCCUUCUUCUCGUGGGAGGCGGAACCGGUGCCCGUGCAGACGGGCUUCCGAGCCGGUGUGCGGGCCCUUGUGGUGGGGAACCUGUACGACCCAGCUUGCAGCUACACCUGGAGCAACCACAUGCGCGAAUCCCUGCCGAAUGCCGUGAUGAUGACCUGGCAGGGUGUUGGGCAUUGCCUCCUGCCUGAGGGCAGCUAUCCGAACAGUGGCAUGCAACCCUGCUUGAACCGAUUGGAGCAGUAUUGGAUGACCGGGGAGCUCCCCUUCGACGGCUUCACCUGUCGAACGGAGGCUCCUGUCCCUCUCGGCAACUUCCGCACCGGCCCGACGACCCCGAGCUUCUCGGGUGACUGGCGGGGUGGGACGGCGCUGCACCAGGCACCCCAGCCCACCUCCUCCCGGCGCCGCCCUGCUGCGGCUGCCGUGGAGGAGCGUGACUCGGACGAAGAGGCACCCGCCGACGCUGCGGCUCAGGCCGACAAGUCACAGGUCAACCUCGUCUGGGACAGUGAGAAAGGCCAGCUGGUUCCUACUUCAGCCGCUGGGGCAGGAGUGUCGGCAGCGGCCCAGACAGCCAAAGCCUCUGACAACCAAGAGGCGGCUCCCGCAAGUGCCGAGUCGGCAGCCGUGGGCGAUCAAGUCCAGCCGGCACCGGCGGAGGACGAUGAUGGUGAGGGAGAGGAGGAAGAAGAAGCUGCUGGUGACCAGGAGGUGGAUGUGGAGGCAGAGAGCCGUGCCGCUUUCCUCUCAGAGGCCUCCACCCCGGAGCUGAUCAAGCAGGCAGUAGCUGUCGGGGGGCCCUUGGCCGACGCCACCAAGGACAAAUGGGUUCUGGACCAGGCAACCAAGUUGUACUUCAAGUACGACACGCCAACCCAGAAGAUGUACUGCUGGCAGUCCUCUCAAGGCUGCAUGUACCACUGGAAGGAGCGUGGGAAGAUGACCUUCCUCUGGGCCUCGCCGGGCUCCGUUGGCGCUCCACCACCAGCCAAGGUCGAGGCAGCUCCCACUGUGGACCCCGGCGCAAAGACCACCGAAGCCGUGGAAGCUGCAAAAACUCCAGCGCCGGAGAUCAGUGACAGUGCCUCCCUUUGGGUGACAGUCAUUCCACCCUCGGUUCUAACAUCUGAUUUCGAAGAUGCAGAUGCCGAGGCCGAAGAAGAGCUGGAGCUGAAUGCCAAGGCCAUGGGCGCCGUCAUCGGCAAGGGUGGCAAGGGCAUUAAGGAGAUCGAGCAAGCGACAGGCGUCAAGUCAACAUCCCUGGAUGCCAAGUCAUCUGAGGGUGCGCAGCUGCGCCGGCUGGUGCUUCGGGGCACCCGUGCGCAAAUCGCGCAGGCGAAGUCAGCGGUGGAGCAACGAAUCGUCAUGGUGCUGGGAGCCAAAGCGGCCGAAAAGGUGCAAAAACACUGGAGCUCGCAGCUUCUCGAAAAGAAGCGCACAGAAACUGGAUCGGAAGCUGCAAAAAGCGGAGUCCGCGGUCUCAGCGAGUUCGUGCUGCAUCAUGGUCUCAAGGCCGUGAUGGCGAGGCGACUGGCGAAGUUGGACGCAAUGCUGCAGCGUUACACCAUCCGGCACUUCAAGCCCAUGAAAGCCAAGCCGGCUAAUGCGCUUAGAGGAUACCUGGCCUCUAUGUUCAAGUUCCCACAGCGCUGGCGCCUCGAGGCGCUGUACGAGGAUGGUGAGCUCGACGGCGAGAUCUGCGAGACGGUUCCACUCCGCACUAGUGCCGUGGUUGGCCGACAGCGCCUGGCUGCGCAAGACGAUGCCGAGGACGAGCAGUUGAUCGAGCUGGAGGUGAACCCAUCCUUAGGUCCGAAGGAAGCCUCCAAGCUCUACGGAGACGUUCAGGAUCAGCACUGCCGCUUGCAUCGGAUGGGCAACGACUUUUAUGUCAUGGCCCUGGAGUCUCAGAUCGGCACGUUGGUGGACGGACAGAAGAUCCGACACCAAGAUGGGCCGGUGCCGAUCAGAGAUGGGACCACCCUGGGCAUCGGGAAAUACCUCGUCUACUGUGAAGUCGGCAACGAAGCCUUCUUGCAGGACAGGCGAAAAAAGCUCCUGGCCGGGGAGAGGUUCUGGAAGGAAGGCAAAGCCAGUCUACAGAAGUCCGAGGAAGCUGCUGAGGCCAAGCCGGCAGCUGAGGAAGGUGAGGCUGCACAAGCUGGAGAGGGUGCGGACGAUGAUGAGGAAGACGAAGAGGCACUCGAUGUCCUCUUUACGGCACCACCAGAUGAGGCGGAAACCGAUGGUGAUGGAGCAACGAUGGCAGAGACGGCGGCAACAGAGGACGUUGACAUGAAACCCUCGGAGGAGGAGUCAGCCGCCGAACGUGAGUCGAAGAAGAGAAAGCGGGAAGAGGAAGAUGCUCCUAUGCCUGAAGCUGUCACGGACGAGGUGGAGGAGCUGGCUGAAGUCGGUGAGAGCCUCGCCGCGCCAGCUGCUUGA